GAUAGCUUAGUCUUGGCGUGCUCUGUCAAAACUCAAAAGAAAGGUAGAAGAUUGAUCAAAAGGGUUUCUGAAAGGGUUUUUCUUUCUUUCUUUUUCUUCUUUUCCGGUGAAGGGAAUGAUUGGUUUUGUUUCCUAGUUCAAAUUUAAGUGAAAGCGAAAGUUAGAAAGAAGAAAAGGAAAAGAUCUUGGAUUGUGUUGGAGUCGUGUUUUUGCCGAGUUUCCUUAGGAUGGGGAAGACUGGGAAAUGGGUAUUGGGUUUGUAAUUAGAAGGUGGAGUAUUUAUUUUUGGAUUGUUCUAAAUACACCUUCGAACUCACUAUUCAUUGUGAAACAUUAUUUGGAGAAAAAUUAAUGGGCGUUAAUGGCGAGGUAAAGGUCCUUAUUUGUCAAAUUUAUUUCUUCUGCUAUUAAGGAAACUUCUUUAGUUAAGUUGGGUUGGGUUAAUAAAUUCUAAAGAUUACGUUAGAAUUGAAAUUGACAACUUCACUUGGUGAGCUAAUCUGUAGUAGCAGGCGGGUUUAUCGAGAAAUGGCUUCCAUUCCUUCGUCGGAAAUGCAGGAGCCGAGCAUCGACAGGGACAAGCUCAGCUAUGAAAUCUUCUCAAUCUUGGAGAGUAAGUUCCUGUUUGGUUAUGAUGAUCAGAAGCUGUGGAUUCCCAAACAGAUCUCUCCGGCGCCGGCACCGAAGCCUGAAGCGGUGCCUCAACCAACAACCGACAGCAACAGCGUUUCUGCAAUCAAGAACCAGAGAGGUAAAAUCUGUAUACUCAGCAUUGAUAGUGGAGGCAUGAGGGGGAUUCUCUCGGGGAAAUCCUUGGCUUAUCUGGAACACGCGCUCAAGUCACAGGCCGGCAACCCAAACGCAAGAAUCGCCGAUUACUUCGACGUUGCUGCCGGCUCCGGAAUCGGCGGCAUCUUCACGGCCAUGCUCUUCGCUACAAAAGACCAGAACCGUCCGAUUUUCAAUGCGGAGGAUACUUGGCGUUUUCUCGCCGAUCAAGGCAAGCGAAUGUACCGUGGCAGCGGUUCGGGUUCCGCAAAAAAUGGCGGUGUUCUCAAGAAAAUUUUUAAACCUGCUACGGCCACUUCAAACUCCUCCGGUCUAGAGAAGGCGUUGAAGGAAGCCUUCACGGAGAAAGGCCGGAGUCUGACUCUGAAAGAUACGCUGAAGCCGGUUUUGAUUCCGUGCUACGAUCUUUCCAGCACGGCGCCGUUUCUGUUCUCGAGGGCGGAUGCGCUGGAGACAGACAGCUACGAUUUCCCGCUGUGGGAGGUUUGUCGGGCCACAGCGGCCGAACCGGGUCUGUUCGAACCGGUUCUGAUGCGGUCGGUCGAUGGGCAAACAAAGUGCGUGGCGGUUGACGGCGGGUUGGCGAUGAGUAACCCGACUGCUGCGGCAAUUACGCACGUCUUACACAAUAAACAAGAGUUCCCGUUUGUUAGAGGUGUGGAGGAUUUGUUGGUGUUGUCUCUGGGCACGGGUCAGCUUCUGGAAGUGAGCUUUGACUAUGAGCAGGUUAGGAAUUGGAAGGUCAAGGACUGGGCUCGACCGAUGGCUCGAAUCUCUGGUGAUGGCUCGGCCGACUCAGUGGACCAGUCUGUGGCCAUGGCAUUUGGGCAGUGUAGAAGCAGUAACUAUGUGCGCAUUCAGGCAAAUGGGUCCAGUUUAGGCCGCUGUAACCCCAAUGUUGAUACCGACCCCAGUCCUAGCAAUGUAAAGAUGCUGAUAGGUAUGGCAGAGGAAAUGCUAAAGCAGAAAAAUGUGGAGUCAGUGCUCUUUGGAGGUAAAAAGAUUGCAGAGCAGAGUAACUUCGAGAGGUUGGAUUGGUUUGCUGGAGAACUUGUGCAAGAGCAUCAGAGGAGGAGUUGCAGAAUUGCUCCAACCGUUGCUUUCAAGCAAGCUACUCCCAAAACCAAUUAGGCUUCUCUCAACGUACUUUCAACCAAACCCAAAAGAAAGGGAAAAAAAACAAAAAACAAAAAAAAAAAAAGGAGGUAAGUUUUCCCUUUCCAAGCUUAAUAUUUUGCAACUGCAUCUAUUAAUAGUGUCCCCUUCAAAGAAAGCAUCUUACUGGACCCUGCAUUAUUGCCAAUGAUCAAACUGGCACACGUGUUAUGAUAUAUAUAUGAUUGAUAUGCUGAUAUAAGUACCAGACUUUUCAAGAAUCCAAAUUUUGAUGGUAUUUGAAUGUAUAUAAGAAAUGAUGUUUUUUUCUUGACCUCAGAAUACAACCAUGGCGACCCAUUGACCAUAACUCUAAUCCCAGAUUCACCUUUUCAACUUCUGUUGUGUCUCUUUCACUUGAAAUUCAUUUCACCUAACUGCAAACCAGCACAUUAAUGGCCAUGUACUCAUACCUACUCAUAUAAAGUUUACUUAAUAGGAAGCAGAAGUUCUGUAGUGAACUUCUGUUGAAAGGUUGUGGUUUCAAGCAAAUGUAAAUUUUGACACGUAAUUGCGAGCUGGCAUUAUAAUUUUCAGAUUUUUUGUGAUCGUGGACUCAAGUUCUGUCUGUUUCUUGCUUGGAGUUUUUGAAUGGAAAGAUCCGUUCUUGCAACAACCAAUUGUUGUUGUCGUCGUCAUUAUCUAUUUAACAUAAAAUCACGGGUUCAAA